GGCUACUUUAUUGUCAACAUCUCACAAAACAACUCAAAUCCUCGGUAAAACUUGAGCUUCAUUGCUAUUACACACAGUCUGUUCCACUGUAUAUCCGUUAUUUGUUUACUCCCUUUGUUUACAUCUGAUUACGUUCUCCUGAGCCAUCACCAUUUGCUCAGCAACUGAACACAUCUGGCCAUCCGCAGCAAAUAUAAACAGCAGACCAGCACAAAUACCCCCUCAACCCUUUUUACCGGUUACACGAAAUCAAAAGGCAGACAACCCAACUUUAUCACACACCACAUUCACACACAAUGACAAAGCGAAUUUGUAAAAAGUGCGGUGGCACGGAAUUCAGCACGGACCAGAAAACUGCGUCGCAAGACACGGCGUGCGUGGUGUGCGGGACGGUGCUCGAAGACAACCCGAUUGUCUCCGCGGUGACAUACGGAGAGUCGUCUUCUGGGGCUGCUGUCGCACACGGGACGAUGGUUGCCGGGGACCAGGCGCACGCAAACUUCGGUGGCGGGCGCGGCUCGUCCAUGGAGUCGCGCGAACAGACGUUAGCGAACGGGCGCCGCCGCAUCAAGAACGUCGCGGCCGCGCUCAAGAUCCCUGAUUAUAUCCACGAGGCUGCGUUCCACUGGUUCCAGCUCGCGUUGACCAACAACUUUGUGCAGGGGCGCCGCUCACAGAACGUGGUGGCGGCCUGUUUAUACGUUGCAUGCCGUAAGGAAAAGACCCAUCACAUGUUGAUCGACUUUUCGUCGCGCUUGCAGAUUUCGGUGUACUCCGUGGGGGCCACGUUCUUGAAGAUGGUCAAGGCGCUCCACAUCACUUCCUUGCCGCUCGCUGAUCCUUCCUUGUUUAUUCAGCACUUUGCGGAGAAGCUAGAGUUUGGUGAUGCGAAGAUCAAGGUUGUGCGCGACGCGGUUAAGCUCGCAGGGCGCAUGGCAGACGAUUGGAUCCAUGAAGGGAGGCGUCCCGCGGGCAUUGCCGGCGCUUGCGUCUUGCUUGCUGCGCGUAUGAACAACUUCCGCCGUACGCACGCAGAGAUUGUUGCGGUUGCGCACGUUGGCGAGGACACAUUACAGCGCCGCUUGAACGAGUUCAAGAAGACCAACUCGGGGAAGUUGUCGAUCGCGGAGUUCCGCAGCAGCGACAAGGUCGAACCUCUGGCACCACCGUCUUUCACGCGCAACAGAAAAAAGGACUUGGCGGCGCAGCAGCAGCGGGUGCGCGAACUUGCGUCGCCCUUGGAAACUCAGGUCCAGAGUGACCCCAUUUUGCAGUACAUCUUGAACGACUGUGACUUGUCUGAAAAGGAGAUCAAGGAGCAGUUGGCGCGCGUCACGCGCCGUGCCACCAAGCGUGCCAGCGCAGGCCUCGAGCCUAACUAUAGCGCCGCUGUGCACGGUCACCUCGACGAGGUGGAGAAGAUGAUCAUGGCGCAAACCCCGCGCAACCUCGUGAAGAACUUGCCCAAGUCAGCAGACUUGCUCGCGCUCGUGCGCUCGGAUCCGGAGAAUUUUGACGACGUGGAGGAUGAGGAGCUCGAAGGGUUUCUUCUCACGGAGGAGGAGUCGAAGUUGAAGGAACGCGUGUGGACGGGUCUCAACCAGGAGUUUUUACUCGACCAGGAGAUGAAGCGCUUGAAGGCCGAGUCCGACGAGGCGGCCGGCCACUCGCAGACCCCGAGCCAGAGACGCAAGCGGAAGCGGUCUGUGGAUGACGAAGACUUGGUGAAGAAGGCAAUUGAAGAUGCGACCGAGUACGGUGGCAUUGCUGGCGCGGCGAGAUCGAUUUUGCCGAAGAAGCUUUCGAAGAAGAUUAAUUAUGACGCAAUUGGGGCGAUGUCGAAUAUAUUUUAAAACGUGUGAGAGACAGCACGUUUGAGAAUAAAGGUGAGAGCGUAGCUUUUGCUUGGGGGAAGAGGGAUGGCCAUCCGUGCUAAUUAUCAAUGUAUAGUACACAGUCUUUGUGUCUGAUAAUUUACGAGUUUGAAUGUAUCAUGCUGACUGGUAUCUGACCUGAAAUGUAGAUAGCGA